CAGACGGGCGUCCUUUGCCAGGCAGAGGAGCCGGCGGCCACCAUCGCUCACAAAUAUAAAAUAAUAAUCGCAUUCGGAUUUAAAUAUGGUUAUCUUUAUGGAUAAUCCAUCUACUUUGACUCUGCUGCAUUAAAAUUCAGAAACGUGUGAGAUCAAUCAAUCAACCAGUAGCAGAAGGUCCUGUGGAUAUGAGGAUAAGGCCUCUCUUCUUUCCUCGAAUUUUACUCUCUCCAAUUUCUAAUUCAUUCUCUAUAAAUAAUUUUAUCUAUUAAUCUCCAACACCCAACAAACUUACAUUUAAUUACUUGUAAUAAUAAAGUGAUUCUUUAUCAGCCCCAACAUGUGCUGGUUUUUUCAGUCGUCGGCGGAGGUAGAGGAAUCUAGCUCUUCAACUUCGUCGUCGAUUGGAAAGAACAGUGAUCUAUGGGGGACUGAAACUGAAUCAUCAGACAGCGAGGAUUGCAAGGAAGAGAAUGAAGUACAGAGCGCAUAUAAAGGUAAACUCAAUGCCAUUGAUGCCUUGGAGGAAGCUUUGCCUAUCAGGAGAGGCAUAUCAGAUUUCUACAAUGGCAGAUCAAAGUCCUUCCUAUGUCUGGCUACAGCUUCCUCUUUUUCCUCCAUUAAAGACAUUGGAAAGCCAGAAGAUGCAUACACCAGGGAGCGCAGAAACCGACUUGCACAUCAGAUCUGGAGCAAGAACCUAAGGGAUAGGUGUGGGAUAUCGAAGAGGCCAGUUAGCCCAAAGCCUGGAAGAGCUGCCUUAAGCAGAUCCUCAAGCAUCAGUAGCACAAAUUCAAAUUCAAAUUCAAAUUCCUGCUCGAAUUCAAAAUUCCCUCCACAUCUGAAUCUGCGAUCCAGAGCAUCUCAUAAUAAUCUAGCUGUAUUAUCAUCUCUACAACCUUCCCGGAAAUCACUCUCCUUGCCUGAUUUACACCGCCAUUCCAUGCUUGACGAAAUCAAUCAUUAGACGAUUAGGGUUUUUUCAAUUUUAGUAUUGUAUUAGAUAAAGAGUUGAGUCGACAGAACAAGGCGAGUAUGGGUAGCAUGGCUAGUGCCGCGAUUAAAGAAGUUUUGAAAUGUCAAAAGUCCCACGUGGCAGAAGAAUGCGUGAAAUGCGAUAAGGAUGAAGAUAUAAGAACCUCAUCGGACACGACGUCGUCGUAUAAAGAGCUGUAACGACUCUCCCAGUUGUGGACACGCUGGACCCACACUGAUGCAUCAUCCUUUUGGAGACACGACCAAGCUAAAGCUGAGCAUUUGGUGGGCGUGGGGGAAGCCAUAUCCAAAUCCUCAAGUAGGUGACACAGCCUGUAACCAUAAUAAACUGAAAAUAUAUUAAAUCAAUUACUAAUUUUCUUUUCCCUUAAUAAAUUAAAUUAUUUUAUUUUA